UAAUCGUAUUGGAAAUACAGAUACAGAAAUGUUUAUCAAGAUGGCUGUGCACAUCGUCAUUGUGUUUUGGUCACUGUCUAUUUUACACCCGCGUGUCUCUGCUAUGGUAUGCUCAGGAGAAAAUGGACCUACAUGUUGUUAUGGUUAUGUUGGAUAUGUUUGGAACGAAACAAUUCACAACUGCACAAGUUGUAUGCCUGGGUUUUUUGGACCGCAAUGCGCAUCCUCUUGUCGUUAUCCGCAUUAUGGCUUUCGAUGUACCUUAAUCUGCAAUUGUAGUGAAGAGGAUUGUCAUCCUCAACAUGGCUGCAGAAGAAGUUAUGGGGAUUGUGAUCCGGGACUCUAUGGUCCAUAUUGUGAAUCAACAUGUCCAUUUCCAGGAUUUGGAAAGGAGUGUCAAGUGACAUGUGAAUGUAAAGAGUCGGAAUGUAACCCUACUACGGGAUGUAUAUUAGAUUCAUCAUCACCUGCAAGUCUGUUAACGAGAACUGACGCUUAUCCGUUGAAUACAGCAAAUGAAAAUUUGAAUGAACUAGCUGCGAUGGGUAACUUUUGCAGUGGAGAGGUGAAUGUCCCCACUGAUAAGGGUAACACAGCAACUUUUCAGUAUGCCAUUCUUGGACUUGGAAUAGUCUGUUGUGUAUUUCUGAUCUUCUACAGAGGACUGCACAUUGUUUUCCACAGAUAUAGACCGAAAUUAAGGAAUGAACAAGUACAUGAAAGACAAAUUGGUGUCUAAAUUGGAAGGGAAACAUUCAUAAGGAAGUUGCGGAAACUAUUUCAAUUCACGAUAUAUGAUGCAUUUCUCUUACGUUUGGAAACACGGAAAUCAUUAAAUUGAACGCUUCAUUUGAAUUGAAAAACAUAAAACUAUUUUGCAUAUCAUUA